AUGUCUCUCCAAUUUUCUAGUGGAUCCAGGAGGAUCUGCUCGCGAGCUGGGUCUGUUAGGCUGUCUGGUGGAGGAAUAGGCUUUGCAGCUGGGAAUAUGUGUGUUGGGUCAGGAGCAGGAAGCAGCUUUUCUUGUACUCUUGGGAAUGUUUCUUCUGGAGGAAGCUUCUGCAGUGGUGGUGGAGGGUUGGGAAGUGGUGUCUGUGCUGGUUUUCUUGGAAAUGAGCAUAGCCUCUUCUCUGGGAAUGAAAAAUUGACCAUGCAGAACCUCAACGACCGCCUGGCAUCCUACCUGGACCACGUGCGAGCUCUGGAGGAAGCAAACACAGGCCUAGAGCAAAAGAUCAAGGGCUGGUAUGAGAAAUAUGGGCCUGGUUCUUGCCGGGGACACAAUCACGAUGACAGUAGAUAUUUCUCAGUCAUUGAAGAUCUUAAAAGGCAGAUUAUGUCUGUGACCACCUCCAAUGCCAGUGUUGUUCUACAAAAUGACAAUGCCAGACUGACCGCUGAUGACUUCAGGCUGAAGUAUGAAAAUGAGGUUGCUCUGCACCAGAGCGUUGAGGCUGACACCAACGUUCUCCGCAAAGUGUUGGAUGAAUUGACCCUUUGUUCAACUGACCUGGAGAUACAGUGUGAGACUCUCAGUGAGGAAUUGAUAUACCUCAAAAAAAAUCACAAGGAGGAAAUGGAGGUUCUGCAAUGCACAACUGGGGGAAAUGUGAACGUGGAGAUGAACGUAGCCCCAGGAGUGGACCUCACUGCUCUGCUGAACAGCAUGAGGGCCGAGUAUGAGGACUUGGCUGAGCAGAACCGCAAAGACGCUGAGGCCUGGUUUAACAAGAAGAGUGCAUCGCUGCAACAACAGAUUUCGGACGAUGAAGGAGCAGCCACAGCAGCCAGAAGUGAGCUGACGGAACUGAAACGCAACCUGCAAACCCUCGAAAUAGAACUUCAGUCCCUCCUGGCUGUGAAACAUUCCUACGAAAGCUCCUUGUCCGAGACUGAAGGAAAUUACUGCAUUCAACUUCAGCAAAUCCAGGAUCAAAUUGGGGCAAUAGAGGAACAACUGCAACAAAUUCGAAUGGAAACAGAAGGCCAGAAGCUGGAGUAUGAUCAGCUUCUCGAUAUCAAAAUAUUUUUAGAAAAAGAAAUUGAAACUUAUUGCUACUUACUAGACGGAGAAGGAAGAAAAAGCAAAUCCACGUGUUAUAAAUCAACAGGAUCUACACCUGUAAAUUCUGGAAAUCAUGUCAAAGACUCAACAGAAGAAACUGUUGUCAAAACAGUGGUUGAGGAGCUGGAUCAACUUGGCAACGUCCUUUCACUGAGGGUUCACUCAGUAGAAGAAAAAUCCUCUAAAAUAAGCAACAUUACAAUGGAGCAAUGA